GAAAUGAGUGUGUCAUCUUCUGAUUAUGAAGAGAUGGUUUUGUUACCCCCAAGUUAUCAUGAAACACCUCCUAGUUAUGUUGAGACAUCAGAAACAUCCCUUAUGGAGCAAAACAACAUUAGCAACAAUCUAAUAUCAUAUCUUCCUCAAGUAAGGACGAGUUUGUCUUCUUCUAAUAAUGAUGAAUUACUCUCUUCACCUCCAAGUUAUCAUGAGGCGCCUCCUGUUGAGGCAGCAGAAACACACCUUUUAGAACAAAACAACACUCAAGAUACAAACGACACUCAAGAGAAUACCAAUCAACAGUCAAAUAUUCCUCAACGUAACUGCCAAACGUGUAAACAACGAAUUAUCACUAGAAUAAUGAUUUUAAAAUGUUUGUGUAUAUUCUGUAUUUUAGCAUGGAUUUUCGUAAUUAUUGUUAGAUUUGAAGACAACAGAGGGAGACAAUGCGAAUCAGUUAUUCUAAAAAUACUUAAUUCAACAAAGUGUUUGGAACGAAAUAUUACACAAAAUAAUAGUAAGUCUGAAAAUAUUUUAGGAAAACGCCAGAGUACUGUUAAAAACUUUUGGAAGGUAGAUACCUAUAUCUUUAAUUUAUGUAUCACAAAUGAGUGA